GAGAAGGAAGCCGUUUGAUACUGGUUCUGCCUCCCACCAUGGCAAAAAUCAUCUUGAGGCACCUCAUUGAGACUCCAGUGCGCUAUGAGGAGGAGUUUGAAGCUCGAGGCUUGGAAGACUGCAGGCUGGAUCACGCUUUAUACGCACUGCCGGGGCCAACCACUGUGGACCGGAGAAAAGCCAGGGCGGCCCAGGUUCCUCCAGUGGACUCAGAGGCGGAAAUGCUGACCCAAGCAGGCAAAUCCCACUUCCAGAUCCUGCUGGACGUGGUCCAGUUCCUCCCUGAAGAUAUCAUCAUUCAGACCUUUGAAGGCUGGCUGCUGAUCAAGGCUCAGCACGGAACCAGAAUGGAUGAACAUGGUUUUAUCUCAAGAAGCUUCACCCGACAGUAUAAACUGCCAGAUGGCAUCGAAACCAAAGAUUUGUCUGCCAUCCUCUGUCAUGAUGGAAUUCUGGUGGUGGAAGUAAAGGAUCCAGUUGGGACUCAGUGAAAUCUUAAUCAAUUCUUGUUCAUACGGCAAGAGGAAGAUUGUAGUUCAGCCAAUGGUACCACGGGAAUGUUUGUAUUAACGACCUUUGAAAUGAUUUUUAUGAAGAUUAAAAAUAGAGACAUAGUUCCUGGUAUGUUGAGGUUGUGUUUGUUAUUCUUACUCAGAGAGGAAAAUUGUUAAAUAUUCCUAUAGCUCAAAGGGAUGCUAUUCUUAUACCUGAAACGACAGUUUAGGAGACGACUUGGAUACUAGUGAAGACUCAGAAUUAUUUCUUCAUUACUCCAAAAAAUGCCCCCCAGAAACUGCAUUCGUAAUAAUUGAUGGUAAAAGAGCCAUAUGAAUUUCUUAUCCAUUUUAUGAAAACUUCUUAUAGUGCUAAAAAAAGUUGUGAUUCCCUUCACUUGACAAGCUUUUCAAUGAAUUUUUAAUUAAAGUGGAAUUUGUAAAUAUAGAGUCUGAAGAUUAAAAUGUAGCACUUAGAAAUUUGGCCUGAAAUAUAUUAAUGAUUCAUUACAGCUGUUACUGCCUUAAACAUAAUACUGGAAUUUUCAGAUGUAAAUUCUAUUUUUAAAAAG